AGUCAAGCACACCAUUAUCAUAAUUUAAUUUGAUACCAAUUAAUUUUGGACAGUUCCAUAGAUUAGUUCUUGCAAACACCAUGUAAAAUUGUGUUAGAUUAUGGAAAUCAUUCUUGUGAACUAAUAUGGCAUUCACUUCUGCCCUCACAUCCUUGACAACAUUGGUUUGCCUCUGUAUGUUUUGCGUUAAUGCAACUACCCACAAAGAAAUUCUGCAAACGGGACAAUCAUUGGGAACUUCAGAUACCCUUCUUUCUUAUGGUGGAAACUUCGAAUUGGGUUUUUUCUCCAAAGAUAACUCCACCAAGUACUACGUAGGCAUAUGGUAUAAAAGGGUUCCAAACGACAAGAUUGUGUGGGUUGCUAACAGAGACUCCCCAGUUCAAACAUCCUCAGCAGUUCUGAUUAUUCAACCCGAUGGGAACUUUAUGAUCAUAGAUGGACAAAAGACAUACCGUGUGAACAAGGCAUCAAACAAUUUUAGCACCUAUGCCACGCUUUUGGAUUCUGGAAAUUUGGUACUUCUGAACACCUCGAAUCGAGCGAUUUUGUGGCAGAGUUUUGAUGAUCCUACUGAUACCCUAAUACCUGGAAUGAAUCUAGGAUAUAAUUCCGGUAACUUUCGGUCAUUGAGAUCAUGGACAAGUGCUGAUGACCCUGCCCCAGGCGAAUUUUCUCUCAAUUAUGGUUCUGGCGCGGCCAGCCUAAUCAUCUACAAUGGUACUGAUGUGUUUUGGAGGGAUGACAAUUACAAUGAUACUUACAAUGGUAUGGAAGACUAUUUCACUUGGUCAGUGGAUAAUGACUCUAGGCUGGUACUAGAAGUGUCUGGGGAGCUCAUCAAGGAGAGUUGGUCGGAGGAAGCAAAGCGUUGGGUUUCUAUUCGGUCAUCAAAGUGUGGAACCGAAAAUUCGUGUGGAGUUUUUUCCAUUUGUAACCCUCAAGCACAUGAUCCUUGUGAUUGUCUACAUGGUUUCCAGCCAUUGCAUGCUGAUUCUUGGAGGAAUGGGAACACAUCUGCUGGCUGUGUCCGGAAAAUAGAAUUGUCCUGCAGCAACAGAAGCAGUAAUAAUGUUAAAUCCAAUGAUGGAUUCUUCCAGUUCAAUAAAGUUCAAUUACCACAAACUUCUAAUGGAUACAUCAAGCUAAAGAUUGAUAGAGCAAGAGAGUGUGAAAGUGCUUGCUCUAGAAAUUGUUCGUGCGUUGCUUAUGCUUAUUAUUUGAACAGUAGUAUCUGCCAGUUGUGGCAUGGUCAGGUAUUGAGUCUAAAGAACAUCUCAACAUAUUUGGACAAUUCUGAUAAUACCAAUCCAAUUUUUUACCUCAGACUUGAUGCGUCAGAAUUGGUUACUGCUGAUUCAAACCCAACAAAUGCAACAGAACUAGCAACUGAUUUUCGCAAGCAUGAAAACUUGCUGAGGAAUCUACUUCUGAUUGUUAUACUGAUCUUACUUCUAGCAUUUCUUAUAUUGGGCCUAUUAGUUUAUUGGACUAGAAGGCAAAGGAGAAAAGGGGAAGAUUUGCUACGUUUUCAUGUAAGCAUGAGCAUGAAAGUCGAAGAUUCUGAGCUUACUGAAGCACAUAGGGGUGCGAAAGUUAAGAAGAAGGAAGUCAAAUUGCCAUUAUUCAGUUUUGUGAGUGUUGCAGCUGCUACAAAUAAUUUUUCAGAUGCAAAUAAACUUGGUGAGGGUGGCUUUGGACCUGUUUACAAGGGUAUAUUAUUGAAUGGGGAUGAGGUUGCUGUAAAAAGGCUAUCUCGAAGAUCUGGUCAAGGAUGGGAAGAGCUGAGAAAUGAAGCCUUAUUAAUUGCAAAACUCCAGCACAAUAAUCUUGUUAGACUUCUAGGUUGCUGCAUUGAUCGAGAUGAAAAGAUGCUGAUCUAUGAAUUGAUGCCUAAUAAAAGCCUGGAUGUUUUCCUUUUUGAUGCAACAAAAAGAAGGAUGCUAGAUUGGGGAACACGAGUUAGGAUAAUUGAUGGGAUUGCACAAGGAAUCCUUUAUCUUCACCAAUAUUCCAGGUUUCGGAUCAUUCAUCGAGAUUUAAAGGCUAGCAACAUAUUGUUGGACACCAACAUGAAUCCUAAAAUAUCAGAUUUUGGAAUGGCGAGAAUAUUUGGUGAUAAUGAACUUCAAGCAAAUACAAACCGUAUAGUUGGAACAUAUGGAUACAUGUCCCCUGAAUAUGCUAUGGAAGGCCUUUUCUCCAUAAAAUCAGACGUGUUUAGCUUUGGGGUCCUUCUGUUGGAGAUUUUAAGUGGCAAGAAGAAUACUGGCUUUUAUCAAACAAAUUCCUUCAAUCUUCUUGGAUACGCUUGGGAUCUAUGGACAAACAAUUCGGGAAUGGACCUGAUGGAUCCAGCACUGGAUGAUAGUGACACUACUAGUAGUAGUAUGCAUACAGUGCCAAGAUAUGUGAACAUAGGACUUCUCUGUGUUCAAGAAAGUCCAGCAGAUAGACCAACCAUGUCUGAUGUUGUAUCAAUGAUUGGGAACGAUACUGUGGCCCUUCCUUCUCCUAAACCACCUGCAUUUCUAAAUGUGAGAGGUAAUCAAAAUUCAAUAUUGCCCGCUAGCAUGCCAGAAAGCUUUUCUUUGAAUUUGAUCACAGAUACAAUGGUGGAAGCAAGAUGAGUUACUAUUAAACUCUUCUCAUUGUAAGAUUUAAUAGUAAGACAUUUGUUCUGUUGAUGUUUCCACUACCCCCCAUUUCUCCUUAUGUACCUUAUUACUCACGGUCUCACUGAAUCAAAUGAGAAAAAACUGAGUUUGAUUUCAACAGUUAAAGAAUGUUCAAAAUAAUGUGUUAUAUUUUAGUUUAAUCAAAUAAACUGGCUUGUACUUUAUUGGGUUAA